CCUCUGCCCGCCGCGCGCCCCAGCCGGGGUGGGGGGCCCGACUGGUGCGGGUGAGCGGCCCCCGCCUCGCCUCGCCGCCGCCGCCGCCCGUGAAUUAUGCAGGAGGCUGGCACCGGCGGGCUCGAGUUGAUCAAGUUUCCCUGGCAACUUUCGCCCGGGCAUCGCUCCGCCUGCGCAGCCCGCGGCUCCGGCGCCUCCGCUGGGUGUCCGGGCGCCGGGGGCGCCUGGAGACACCAACCGCGCGCUCGCCGCCGGAGCCGGGGCAGCUGGAUUGUGCGCGCAGCUCUGGAAAUCUCUCCUGUCUCCAUGCCUUGACCCACUGGAGUGCAGACGGUUCCUGUUCUAAGAGACCUUUCUGCGGGGCCCAGUCUGACAGCAGCACCUCUGACACAAGCAGCCAUGCCGCGCAGCCCGACGUCCAGCGAGGACGAGAUGGCCCGGAGCUUCUCCGACUCUUCGGAGGAAUCGGACUCGGACAGCUCCAAGGAAGAGACCAUCUACGACACCAUCCGGGCCACAGCGGAGAAGCCGGGUGGCGCCAGGGCGGAGGAGAGCCAGGGCAACACGCUGGUGCUGCGCAUCGUUAUCGAGGACCUACAGCAGACGAAGUGCAUUCGAUUUAACCCAGAUGCAACGGUGUGGGUUGCAAAGCAGCGGAUUCUGUGCUCGUUGAACCAGAGCCUGAAGGACGUCCUGAACUACGGGCUGUUCCAGCCGGCGAGCGACGGGCGAGACGGCAAGUUCUUGGAUGAGGAGCGUCUUCUGCGCGCGUACCCGCAGCCCGUGGGCAGGGGUAUCCCCUCCCUGGAGUUUCGCUACAAGAAGCGGGUGUAUAGACAAUCCAAUCUGGAUGAGAAACAGUUGGCCAAGCUGCACACGAAGACCAACCUGAAAAAAUGCAUGGAUUACAUCCAGCAUCGUUCGGUGGAGAAGAUCAUCAAGAUGCUGGAACGAGGCCUGGAUCCGAAUUUCCAUGACCUGGAGACCGGAGAGACUCCCCUGACCUUAGCCACGCAGCUGGACGACCCCGUGGAGGUGAUCAAAGCUCUCCGAAACGGCGGGGCCCACCUGGACUUCCGCGCCAAAGACGGGAUGACGGCCCUGCACAAAGCCGCCCGCGCCAGGAGCCUGCUGGCCCUGAAGACGCUGUUGGAGCUUGGAGCGUCCCCGGAUUACAAGGACAGCUACGGCCUCACGCCGCUGUAUCACACGGCGGUGGUCGGGGGCGACCCCUGCUGUUGCGAGCUGUUGCUCCACGAGCACGCGGCCGUGAGCUGCCAGGACGAGAACGGCUGGCACGAGAUCCACCAGGCCUGCAGGUACGGACACGUGCAGCACCUGGAGCACCUGCUCUUCUACGGGGCCGACAUGGGGGCCCAGAAUGCCUCGGGGAACACCGCCCUGCACAUCUGCGCCCUCUACAACCAGGACAGCUGUGCCCGCGUGCUGCUUUUUCGGGGGGGAAAUAAGGAAUUGAAGAACUACAACAGCCAGACCCCAUUCCAGGUGGCGAUCAUAGCUGGUAACUUCGAGCUGGCUGAGUACAUCAAGAACCACAAGGAAACCGACAUCGUGCCCUUCCGAGAGGCCCCGGCGUACUCCAACCGCAGGCGACCGCUCCCCAGCACACUGGCCGCCCCCCGGGUCCUGCUGCGUUCCAACAGCGACAACAACCUCAAUGCCAGCGCGCCUGACUGGGCCGUCCGCUCGGCCAGCCCCCACCGCAGCCUCUCGCCCCAGCUGCUGCAGCAGAUGCCCAGCAGGCCCGACGGGGCUGGGAAGACCCUCGGGAGCUACGUCCCCGGGCCCCGCAGCCGAUCCCCCUCGCUCAACAGGCUGGGCGGCACCGGCGAGGAUGGCAAGAGGCCCUGGCAGCCCUGGCACGUCGGUCCGGCUUUCCUGCCAGGCGCCAACAAGGAUGUGCUCUCGGCCUUUGAGUACACGGGGCCCAAGCGGAAGCUGUACAGCGCGGUCCCUGGGAGGCUGUUCGUUGUCGUCAAGCCAUACCAGCCCCAGGUCGACGGCGAGAUCCCCCUUCACCGUGGCGACAGGGUCAAAGUUCUGAGCAUCGGCGAAGCGGGCUUCUGGGAAGGCAGCGCCCGCGGCCACAUCGGAUGGUUCCCAGCUGAGUGUGUGGAGGAGGUCCAGUGCAAGCCCAGGGACAGCCCGGCAGAAACUCGUGCAGACCGCAGCAAGAAACUCUUCCGGCACUACACGGUCGGCUCCUAUGACGGCUUCGAUGCUUCCAGUGACUGCAUCAUCGAGGAGAAGACCGUGGUCCUGCAGAAGAAAGACAAUGAGGGCUUCGGAUUUGUGCUCCGCGGGGCGAAAGCGGAUACGCCCAUCGAAGAGUUCACGCCAACGCCAGCGUUCCCAGCCCUGCAGUACCUGGAGUCCGUGGAUGAAGGCGGGGUGGCAUGGCAAGCCGGACUGAGGACUGGGGACUUCCUGAUUGAGGUUAACGACGAGAAUGUCGUGAAGGUCGGCCACCGGCAGGUGGUGAACAUGAUCCGCCAGGGAGGGAAUCACCUCGUCCUCAAGGUGGUCACGGUAACCAGGAAUCUCGACCCAGACGACACCGCCAGGAAGAAAGCUCCGCCACCUCCAAAGCGUGCUCCGACCACGGCCCUCACCCUGCGCUCCAAGUCCAUGACUUCGGAGCUGGAGGAGCUCGUGGAUAAAGCCUCCGUCCGGAAGAAGAAGGAUAAACCUGAUGAGAUAGUCCCAGCCUCCAAGCCAUCCCGAACUGCUGAGACCGUGGCAGUGGAGUCCAGGGUGGCCACCAUCAAGCAGCGGCCCACCAGCCGGUGCUUCCCCUCCGUCUCGGACGUGAACUCCGUGUACGAACGCCAGGGGAUCGCCGUGAUGACGCCCACUGUUCCUGGGAGCCCGAAAGGCCCAUUUCUGGGCCUCCCUCGAGGUACGAUGCGAAGGCAAAAAUCAAUAGACAGCAGAAUCUUUCUAUCAGGAAUAACGGGGGAAGAGCGGCAAUUUCUGGCCCCUCCGAUGCUCAAGUUCACCAGAAGCCUGUCCAUGCCGGACACCUCCGAGGACAUCCCCCCCCCGCCACAGUCAGUGCCCCCCUCUCCUCCACCACCCUCCCCCACCGCCUACAACUGCCCCAAGUCCCCAACUCCCAGAGUCUACGGGACGAUCAAGCCCGCGUUCAAUCAGAACUCCGCCGCCAAGGUGUCCCCGGCGGCUCGCUCCGACACCGUGGCCGCCAUGAUGAGGGAGAAGGGGCUAUACCUCCGGGGGGAGCUGGACCGCUACUCCCUGGACUCCGGGGACCUCUACGGCCGCCACGCCGCCGCCCAGGCCAACUUCCGCGGCAAGAGGGGCCAGAUGCCCGAAAACCCGUACUCCGAGGUCGGGAAGAUCGCCAGCAAAGCCGUCUACGUCCCCGCCAAGCCCGCCAGGCGGAAGGGCAUGCUGGUGAAGCAGUCCAACGUGGAGGACAGCCCCGAGAAGACGUGCUCCAUCCCCAUCCCGACCAUCAUCGUCAAGGAGCCCUCCACCAGCAGCAGCGGGAAGAGCAGCCAGGGCAGCAGCGUGGAGAUCGAGCCCCAGGCCUCCGAGCAGCCGGGCCAGCUGCGGCCCGACGACAGCCUGACCGUCAGCAGCCCCUUCGCCGCCGCCAUCGCCGGGGCCGUCCGCGACCGCGAGAAGCGGCUGGAGGCCAGGAGGAACUCGCCGGCCUUCCUGUCCACCGACCUGGGGGACGAGGACGUGGGCCUGGGGCCGCCCGCCCCCCAGGCACGGCCCUCCACGUUCCCCGAGGAGGGCGGGUUCGGCGAGGAGGACGGCACCGAGCAGCUGUCGUCACCCACGCCAGGGGCAGCGACCAGGGAGCCCGAGAACCACUUCGUGGGUGGUGGCGAGGCCGGAGCUCAGGGUGAGGCCGGCAGGCCACUGAAUUCCACGUCCAAAGCCAAGGGGCCCGAGGGCAGCCCUGCAGCUCCCCUCAAGGGCAGCAAUGCGGCCGGCCCCGAGAAUUACGUCCACCCGCUCACAGGGAGGCUGCUGGACCCGAGCUCCCCGCUGGCCCUGGCGCUCUCCGCGAGGGACCGAGCCUUGAAGGAGUCCCAGCAGGGCCCCAAGGGGGAGGCCCCCAAGGCCGACCUCAACAAACCUCUCUACAUCGAUACCAAAAUGCGGCCCAGCGGGGAAGCGGGCUUCCCUCCGGUCACCAGGCAGAACACGCGGGGGCCCCUGAGGCGGCAGGAGACGGAAAACAAGUACGAGAUGGACCUGGGCAAGGAGCGGAGGGACGACAAGAAGGCCAUGCUCGUCAGCAUCGCGGACGCGUCCCAGCAGAAGUCGGCCGGGCUGCUGAUGGUCCACACCGCGGACGCGGCCCGCUCGGACGACUUCCUGCAGGAGGAGGAGGAGGAUGCCGACGCAGACACGCAGCCGGACCGCCCGCCGUCCGAGGUGCCAGAAGGUGUUCCCGAAACUGAAGGUGCUUUACCGAUCCCCGCUGGCCCCGAGCCCGCGGCCGCCGCGCCCGGCAGGACCGUCGUGGCGGCGGGCUCCGUGGAGGAGGCGGUGAUCUUGCCGUUCCGCAUCCCUCCCCCACCUCUGGCAUCCGUGGAUCUGGAUGAGGAUUUUAUUUUUACAGAGCCAUUGCCUCCCCCCCUGGAAUUCGCGAACAGUUUUGAUAUCCCCGAUGACCGCGUUGCUUCUGUCCCCGCACUCUCAGACCUGGUCAAGCAGAAGAAAAACGACGCCCCCCAGUCCCCUUCGCUGAACUCCAGCCAGCCCACCAACUCUGCGGACAGUAAGAAGCCAGCUGGCCUUUCGAACUGUCUGCCCGCCUCAUUCCUGCCACCCCCCGAAAGCUUGGACGCCGUCACGGACUCCGGCAUCGAGGAGGCGGACAGCCGGAGCAGCAGCGACCACCACCUCGAGACGACCAGCACCAUCUCCACGGUGUCCAGCAUCUCUACCCUGUCCUCCGAGGGCGGGGAGAACGUGGACACCUGCACGGUCUACGCAGACGGGCAAGCGUUUACGGUUGACAAACCCCCAGUACCUCCUAAGCCAAAAAUGAAGCCCAUAAUUCACAAAGGCAACGCCCUUUACCACGACGCACUGCUCGAGGAGGACGUGGACAGCUUUGUGAUCCCCCCGCCGGCACGCCCACCGCCCCCCGGCGGGGCCCAGCCCGGGACCACGAAGGUUAUCCAGCCGAGGACCUCCAGGCUGUGGGGUGACAUCUCGGAGGUCAAAAGCCCGAUUCUCUCCGGCCCAAAGGCGAACGUGAUUAGUGAGUUGAACUCAAUCCUGCAGCAAAUGAACCGAGAGAAAUCGGCAAAGCCGGGGGAAGGACUGGACUCGCCAACGGGAACCAAGCCUGCCAGCCUCGCUCCAAGAGGCCCAGAGGUCAUGAGCACCGUCUCAGGUACACGGAGCACGACGGUCACCUUCACGGUUCGCCCUGGGACCUCCCAGCCCAUCACCCUGCAGAGCCGGCCCCCAGACUAUGAGAGCAGGACCUCAGGACCAAGACGUGCCCCCAGCCCCGUGGUCUCGCCCACAGAGCUGAACAAAGAGAUCCUGCCUGCGCCCCCAUCCGCUGCCGCCGCGGUUCCCUCUCCCACCCUCUCGGAUGUCUUCGGCCUCCCAAGCCAGCCCCCUCCCGGGGACCUGUUUGGCUUGAACCCAGCGGGACGCAGCAGGUCGCCAUCCCCCUCCAUACUGCAACAGCCAAUCUCCAAUAAGCCUUUUACAACUAAACCUGUCCACCUGUGGACCAAACCAGACGUGGCGGACUGGCUGGAAAGCCUCAACUUGGGCGAGCAUAAAGAGGCCUUCAUGGACAACGAGAUCGACGGCAGCCACCUCCCGAACCUCCAGAAAGACGACCUCAUAGACCUGGGCGUGACUCGGGUCGGGCACAGGAUGAACAUAGAAAGGGCUCUGAAACAGCUGCUGGACAGAUAAGGGUGGCUGCGCUUUUCCUUUACAGACUCCUUGUUAUAAAUAGAGAUGGGCUUGCACUGAAGUGUCUGGAUGGCGAGCGCCAACCCCGUUCCGCGGGCUGGUCUCCUGCUACCCAGAGAAAUGCCGUGUGUCCCUGGCGUGGCUGAGCAGGGGCCUUCAACCCCCCGGCUCUCUGUGUGGGCUCCUUGGGCUGUUUCUGUCAAAGAGGGGACCAGGGGAAGGGAGAGCGUCUAAGGUGGAAAGGGGCGCAGCUUGCCUCCUGCACGCAGGCGACCUGACCUCACGAGGCCCAGGAGAUGCCCGCCGCCGCGCGGGCCCCUUGCUCCUGCAGGCAGACCCCACUGCACUCUAGACACAUACCUCCCGCGGCCUCCUCUGCCGUCCGGCAGCUCCGCCCGGGCCCGGGCGCAAGGCCUUCCUCAGCCUGCGGCCCCCUCGAGGGCACUCACGCCCACGUGCUCCUUUCCUUCCUGGACUUGGCUCGCAGCGAGAUGCCUGCGGAUGUGUGUAGCCGGUGCCCCUUUGGAAGGUAGAGAAACUUUCCUCCCGUGGAUCCUUUACCCCGUCUCCUCCGACGUGCACCCGUGGUUCUCUGGCCAUGAGGUUCUUGGCAGUGGCGGGUUGUCCAAACGGGAUCGUGCCCAGCUUUGCUUAGCUUUCUUUCUUUCUUUCUGCAAAUCUGUUAGCAUAAUUCCAAAGUGGCCAAACAGAUGUCACAUGGAGUUAGUCAAAGCACAAAGUCACGAUUCCAAGGAGGAGGGAGACCUGGCCGUGGGAAGCAGCCGGCGUGCAGCUGCUGGGCCCAGAGUGUCCGCAGGAGGGGAGCAGCUGUCUGCCAGGAGCAGCUCCCCAGGAGCGUGGGAAGGGGCUUCUCUGCCUUUCGGCCUUUUUUAAAAUCGAAAGCGUGUUGAAUUCUGCAAAGAUCAGAGCAGGCAAGCAACCACUUUGACACGCAGGAUGACACAGGGCUCGCGGUGGGCGUGUGCCGCGGCCACCCCCAGUUCUGAGCCCGGCCAAGGGGAAGCAUCACAGCUGAGACAGCCCCUUUGUCCCCCCGAGGCCAAGGAAGACGGGACUUAGGAGCUUCUCCCCUUUUCCUCUGAGCGUCCAGGAAUCCCACCAGCUUGUCUUAAUAGUACAGCAGGUUUUCUUGAAAACCCAGCGGGUGUGGCGCAGAGACAGAACCCAGGGUGAGGGUGCAAUGCAGAUGAAGGAAGGAAGGGCAGAGCAGAGCGGUCUCGUGGGCCGCCAGUCCGGGCUCCAGCAAGGCUUUCUUGGGCCCCGCCGCAUUCUUUCCCCUGGAGCCCCUCCCCUGUAACAGUACCUCUGAUGUCCAAGGGAGGUCGCCACGGGCACACGAGCCACAGGACACUCAGUCAGGGGUCAGCAUGCUCUCCCACAUACGGAAGAAACUCGAAUAUCAGGUUUUUGGCUUUUAUUAUGAUUUCAGAACUAGCCUAGCCCAUCUCUAAUUAUAAAAACAUGGUUUGUUUUUUUUUCCUUUUUUUCUUUAUGCUCACAAUCAAGUGUCUGAUUAGGUCUGGAACAGCUCUAGAAUGAAUACGUAAAAUUUAGCGAUUUAAAAUCAUCUCUUUCUUUACUGCAAGUUUAAAUAGUUGUACAGAUAGUUUAUAAGCACAAUAUUUUAAGAAAAAAAAGUGGCUGGUCUACUAGGCAGCCUUUGUGCCACUUCAGUGCUAGAAAGUUAAAGAAAAAACAACUUUUGUGAUUUAAUAAUACUAUUUCUGUGGAAUAAUUAUAAAAGUAUGACCUUUUUAAAUCAACCUUAUUUGGAUGCAUCUGAACCAGCAGAGCUGUGUUAUAUUUUCUAUCUUUGCUAGAACUUCGUCAUCGAAGGACAAUUAUUUCUUCAAAAGUGGUUGUAAUUCACAAUGCAGCAGUUUCUCCCAAAACACACACACUCACCACACACCCCGUCUUUCCAGCCACAUGCCCCUGAAUUGGAAACUGAGUUUCGGACCUUCUUUUCCAAAACCUUCUGCAGGUCCAUCUUUGUAUCUGAAAGAUCCAUUCCAACUUGAAAUCAAUUGAAUAUUAAGGCGCUUUACUUCCGUGUACUUUCAAUUUUUCCAUCAUGAGAUGAACAAAUGUUACCCUAGAGAAAUGUCAAGCCAAGAUACUACAGGUGGCCUGCUGAGGCUGCCCGAUAGUUCGGAAAAUGUAAAAUGGUGGUUUGGCCAUUAUCUGUCUUCCAUUUGGUGAUACUGCAAAAUCCAGUAAGUACACCACCUCACCGUGGCUCUUUUUUCCCUUGCCUACUGUUGGUAUUACCUCUCUGCUCGGUGCCAGGCAAAAUGCUAGACAGGACGAGAGUAAAGGAGGCCGCGGGUAGACGGUAACCAACGGCAACUUGGGGGCGCUGGGGUUGCUGAACUCUGGUAACCAGCAGGUGAGAGCUGACUGAUACUCCCUUUCUUAGAGAGACUUCAAGUCACGUGCAACUGACCGGAAGCAAGCAGACUGAGAGACAAAAGAGCUGGUGACAUCGGUUGUUUCACACUGUCUUACUGUAGAAAAGUAACAGGACCCAUCAGAACCUGCCCUGACCGACAAAAUAAACACAUUGCCAAGACGAAUCAGUCUCUAGCUCUAUUCGCCAGGUUUGCUACAGAAAGCAAUAGUUCCUCAUUUAAACCACCGCCCACUGUUCUCCCCCUUGGGACAUGUCAGGACCAGGCCCUACCCUAUGCCCCCCUUUAAUGGUGAAACAGAUGUUAAACUGCUCAUAUAAAGAUCAUGUUAAUACUAUUCCAGGUUUUAAAAAGAUCCACUUUUGUUAUAUACUGUAAUUUAAAUAAAUUGCAUUUACACGCCUAGUUUCUGUAAUAUUGUGUAUACAAAACCAAAAUUGCUCAAAAUGUAAAUUAUGUAUACCUGCCAAGAUACCUUCUCCAGGGUGUCUGUGCACAUUUUAAGUAAAUCCAUAUAAUAUAAAAAUGACUCAAUGUGACUGUUGAUUUGCUGAACUUUACAUAUCACAAAGUGAAUUAUUUGUGGUACUUUAGUUAAUAAAACAGUGAUUUUUUUUUUUUUUUUUUUUUUUCUGAGUUACU